ACAGUCUUUCCGUUAGCGUUAGCUCGUUAGCUUGUGUGUUCGCCGCACACUUGUAAACAGCCUUUUUUUUAACACCCAAUUCUUCUAUUGUACUUGUUUUAAACCUCUCAUCUGUCGCAUGGAGCUGCGGCUCAUCUGUUUGUGCUUUAAUCCGACACAAUAGAUCCAGAUUGAGCCAGCGUUCCUUUCUUACACGGCCUUACAACAGCAGUCAUGUCUCACCGAUUCAGAGCACCCCCUGUUGACACAGACCACCGCCCAUUUGCCCGUGCCAUGGCCCCGGGUGUAGAGCGAGGAAGAAGGAUGUUCAGAGCGCCCCCUCCUGGAGCCCGCCCAUCUUGGGCAGUAAGGCCCCCCUCACAGAGACCUUUUCCACACAGGCCCCCUCCCCAAAGAGCUCCCCUCCACAGGCCUCUUUCUGAGCAGGAUUGGCCACCCCAUCCCCCUCCUGAAUCUGAUUGGCCACCACGUCCCCACGAGCCCUCUGAUUGGUCUGUGAGCCGCCCGGCUGCCUCUCAUUUGUCAGCAACAGCAGAAGGUGCUCUAGGUGUGUUGAGCAGCUGUGGUCUGGAUGCUGAAGACCUGUCUGCUUUGGCAGAACUUCCAGAGGACUUACUCACACUCAAGUCUCUGCCCCUCCUCCUUAAACAAAUCAAGGGCUUGAAGAAGGACCCGGGUCUGCCUGGAUACUUGCCCCCAGGCCGUACCCCCAUACCACAGUAUGACCAAUCAGAGGCUCUAUACGCAGGACCUGCUCCUAGGCAAGAUAUGGAGCAAUCACUGAGCAUGUAUCGGGACCCAGGCCCGUCAAAGGCGGAUUUUCCCCCCACUGCUCCUGGUGGAUCCUCCUUUGUGGUGGAAUAUGGACACUGCACAGCAUCACAGGACACACGCAAGUCUCCGGACCGCCCGCCGUGUUCCUCCUCAGGCUUUACGACUCAUGGCUCAAAGGAAUUCAGACGAUCCGUUGAGCGAACACCCUUACUGGGAGCUAUUGCACUGUCCUCUAUACCAUCGGAAACUGAGGCCAGGGACUUCCAUGGGAUGAAGCCUCCAGCAUUCCCCUACUCCUGCUCUCUCUGCGAUGUCACCGUACUGUCUGACUUUGUUUGGACUCAGCAUGUCACUUCAAGCCUACAUGCAGAUAGUCAACUAGCUUUACUGCAGAGGUUCCCAAGUUGGGACUGUCGUAUGUCUUCUGUUUGCAAGAGUGAUGACAAGCAGCCAAAGGAACCGGCAAAGAAACCAGCAAAAAAGACCAAGAAAGAAACUACCACGACAAAUACAAAAAAGUCGGCAAAAGUGGUGUGUGUGAAAUUCCCUCCACAAUCAGUAGACGAGUCCUACAUCCGAAAACUCAUUGCAAUGUUUGGAAAUAUAGUGCACGUCGCCAUGUUCCCUUCACUGGGUUUUGUUGAGCUGGAAACACCAGAACAAGCCCAUCUUAUCAUCGACUACUACACCAAGACUCCACACAAAGUGAAAGAUCAAGAGGUUGAGUUUACCAUUUCCACCACAUUCAACUUCCUACAGAGUUCUUUCGUGCUGAAAUUCCACCCUGUUCCCUUUGGUAAAGAUGGUCAGUCGGAUCUCGUGACAAUCAUUAAACGCUUUGGAACUCCUCGCUACACCAUGUUCCUCUCAAAGAGGAUGGAGGCCUAUGUGGAGAUGCAGAAUGCAGCUGACGCUCACAAAAUGGUGGAGUUUUAUUCCGACACUCCUCUGAAAAUGAAUGGAGUAGACAUCAAAGUGUCCUUCUCCCAGGAAUACAGGAAUCUGGAGCGCUGUGUUACAGCCAGACCUUAUGACAACAACCAGCUGGAAAAAUCUGAGGACAAAGAGCCUAACUCAAGCAAGAAAGAGGAUGAGAGCCGUGCAAGCAUCAGUCCUGCUAGAGAACGCCGCCACGGCCGAGGGAAAAGUCGAAGCAAAUCUCAAGCAAGAAGUGUCAGAUCUGUGUCUUCUGACCGACACAGGAGAGAGAGGAGCAGUGCAUCCAGAGACCGCUCCAAACCCGACUCCAAACCCGACUCCAAACCCGACUCCAAACCCGACUCCAAACCCGACUCCAAACCCGACUCCAAACCCGACUCCAAACCCAGCCCAGAGGCAGAAACUAAGCAGGGGGAGGAUCGACACAACCAAUCAGGAGAGGACAGUGACAUCGAGGGCAUGCCGGUGGUUGGAGAGCAGACAGACGAUGAGAACACAGACUGCCCUCCUGAUCUGAGAUACUGCAUCACUUUGGAUGAAGUCAGUGAUUCGGAAGAAGCUGAGGCUGAACCCAACGUGGAAGAAGAGGAUGAAGAUUCUCCUCGAGUGGUCUACAUUGGAAACCUUCCUAUGUGCAAGUUCUCUGACCCACAAUUCAUAAAGAUGGUCAAGCAGGUCUACAGACCCGUGCGAUAUUUCAUCAACAGACAGCAGAGAAUGGGUCUGGUGGAAUUCAAGAGUCAAGAUGAAUCUCGGGGCUUUGUGGCCCAAAUGCAAAACUACAGUUUUGGGGGAUCUUGUCUUGAUGUCUUUAUAUCCAACAAAUAUAACAGGCUUCCCUGGGGGAGAGGAGUGGAGUAUGACGAGUCUGGACGAAUUGUGAGACAUUUCCGAGUUGGCAACUCUCCCAAACGUGAGGGUAGUCAAUACCUCUACCAGCAUUCACAACUGGAAUGCAACUGGGGCUGUCACAAGUAUCCCCAAAUUGAAAUCACUGACUCUCGCCAGCGGUCCAGGGACAGGUCCAGGGACAGGUCCAGAGGCAGGUCCAGGGGCAGGUCCAGAGGCAAGUCCAGGGGCAAGUCCAGAGGCAAGUCCAGAGGCAAGUCCAGGGGCAAGUCCAGGGGAAGGUCCAGAGACAGAUCUAGAGACAAAUCCAGGGGUAAGUCUAGAGAUAGGUCAAAGGGCCAGUCUAGGUCCAAAUCUGCAGAAAAAUCCAGAGAAACUGACAAAAUGGACACCCCUGAGAAAUCAAAGAGCCCAUCGCCUCAAGAGAAGCCUUUGGCAGGAGUGGACGAGAGCCAGGCAAUGAAGGAGGGGCCAGCCACAGCCGAUAAUGAGGAACAGGGCUGGGUUGUUCAUGAAGACAUGGACAAGCAGGAGGAUGAGGACAGUUUAAUGGUCAAAAUUGAGAGCGUAGUUUCAUUAAAAGAUCUUGGAGAUCAAAAACAAGAGUCAGAAGAUAUGGCAGAGUCAAAGGAUGCCUUGAAAAAUGAGCAGGAAAGCGUAGUUUCACUAAAAGAUCUUGGAGAUCAAAAACAAGAGUCAGAAGAUAUGGCAGAGUCAAAGGAUGCCUUGAAAAAUGAGCAGGAAAGCGUAGUUUCAUUAAAAGAUCUUGGAGAUCAAAAACAAGAGUCAGAAGAUAUGGCAGAGUCAAAGGAUGCCUUGAAAAAUGAGCAGGAACUCGAAGAGGAGUCAUGUGACCGAGCUGAGGAAAGUGGAAACGAACAAGUCAAGGCUGUCAAGAGGAAGGGAGGCAGAGAGGCAGAGACAGGACCAGAGUGUGGGCAAGAGAAGAGACUCAAACAGGACUUCACGAAAACAGAAGAUGGCACUGCUGAGACGAGAAGACCCAGCAAGCCCGUAGGGACUGAGUUUCUCCUCUUGUAUUGUGACCUGUGUCAUGUAAAAAUCUCUGAUGACCAGGAGGCCCGAGUGUCCCACUGCAGCAGCCAUGAGCACUACCUCAAAUACCAGGAGGUCACAGGAAAGGAUCCCUGGAGCUGCUGAGACAAGACUGCAUUACCCACAAUCACACUGGGUCUUACCUCCCAGAGCCUUCUCACAUCACACCUUUGUUCACUCUAUUUCAUUGUACGUAAACUAGUUGAGUUUAGCAGCUGAGCGACCCAUUUGACUGUUUUCAUUGUACUAAGUAGGUCAAAUGCUCGUGCUGUGCUGAAACAUGACAAUAAAAAGCUGUAACUCC